AUGGCCUUCUCAUUCGUAUCCUCUGUCUUAUUCGAAGACUACUCUGCGAUGUUUCUCAGACUAGUAAUGAUAAUAAGUAUGUGCAUAAAAAGUUUAUUUUCCAAAUGGAGGUGUAGGUAACAUAUUUUAUUUUUUUUUAAUCUAGUUUUUUUGUGAUUUAAAAAAAAAAUUCAUUAAUGUUUCGUUCUCUCGUCUUCAAAGACGAUAACUAUGUGUAUAGACGGGAAUUUUGUAUGAAGAUUUUGAUUGCACCUAUAGAAGAGCCGAGAAAAGUAAGGACUUGAGGCUUUUUGACUUGGUCUCAUGCGCAGAUGACUUCCUUUCAAGGAAACACAGAAACGCCGGAUCUGACGGCAGAUCUACUCUCGGAUAAUGGUUUCCCUUGGAAAGUGAAGAACAUUUUGAUUAUAGCAUUUCAGGCACAUCUUCAUACCAAGACUACGAGGAAGCUGGAAAUUUGAAGCAGUACGUCGCUUACACGACCGCACAGAAAACGAUUUUCAUCGCUUGCGCAGGUUCGGACACUAGGAAAAAAACAAGUAGAUUAUUUGAAACUUGAAAAUUUGGCAAUAAUUAAUGGAUAAAAUCGUCAAGUUUCCAAUUUUUUUUCUUUACAGCGAAAUUGAAAACAAUAAAAAAGCGAACUUGAUAUAAUUAUUUUUUGCAAAUAAAUCAUCAUUCUGAGAUUGAAAUUGUGCAGGCGGAACUUUCGUGCUGCUCUUGGCCCUGGCUUUCCUGACAGGACUCUCGGACACAAUUUUGAAGACUAAGCAGAAAACGCGCCGGACUCAUGCUUGA